AUGCAACCAGUGACAAUGCUUGUGUUUGUCUUGCUGACUUUUCGGAAUGUUCGUCAAAGUCGUCAACGAGUAAGUGGAACGACAGGAACACAGCCAAAUCGCUCUCGAAAACAAUUCAUCUCUAUGAUCUUCACACAAGUUAUAGCAACAGGUUUCAUUGCAUUACCAUGGGCAAUUACACUAACUGGUUUGAUUAAUAUCAUAGUUAAAUUAAUUUCAAAUGGUAAAAUAAAUGUGGAAACAUCAGAUUCAAGUCCGAAUAUUAUGUGUACUUCAAAAAAAUUAAAAUAA